UUUAGUUAUUGUAUUGACAAUCAAUCACAUAUCACAACGCUUAUAUUUUUAUAAAAUUUCGUGUUACAUAUCUUGAAAUAGAUCAAUGAAAAUAUUAAUAAAAGAUGGACUAUUUUUGAUAUAUUCAUACAUGUUUGGCGGAUUGAUACAUAAUUUUAGAUUGAGUUGCAGGUAAUCUAGAGAACGUGUUCUGCAAGAUUCUGAAAAUUCUUCACUCUUUUCACAAAUGGAGCCAGAUUUGAUUCCAGAAAACCAUGAAAAAUACGAUUAUGGUCCGAACCUGAUUCGUCUACGAACAACUGAUCAAAUAAAAGAGCUUCAGACAGUUCUGCGUGACAAAACAACUAGCAGAAGUGACUUCAUAUUCUUCGCAGACAGACUAAUCCGACUUAUUGUGGAAGAGGGGCUUAAUCAACUGCCAUACCAGAAGUGUGUGGUCGAAACACCAACAGGGUACAAAUAUGAAGGUCUGAAAUAUGAGCGAGGCAACUGUGGCGUCAGCAUAAUGAGAAGUGGUGAAGCUAUGGAACAGGGUCUGCGGGACUGCUGCCGAUCCAUACGAAUUGGCAAGAUUCUUAUCCAAUCAGAUGAGGACACUCAUGAGGCGAAAGUGUUCUAUGCAAAACUUCCAGCAGAUAUACAAAAGCGGAAGGUUCUCCUUAUGUAUCCAAUCAUGAGUACUGGUAAUACAAUCAGGAAGGCAGUAAAUGUACUAGAGGAACAUGGAGUUAAUGAACAGAACAUUGUGGUGCUAAAUCUCUUCUCAACUCCCCAUGGAUUGAAAUCAGUGAUCAAGUCCUUCCCAGAUCUCAAAAUUCUGACUUCUGAAAUUCACCCUUCAGCUCCGAAUCAUUUCGGGAUGAAAUAUUUUGGAACAGACUAGUAGUGCCACCUUUAUGUGCUCAAGCAGGUCAUCUACAGCUGCGGUGCCAUACUCAUGACGCAAACAUUCAUAUUCGAAAUGGUGAAAUUUGGAUUCCCGUAUCCUAAAUUUUUGAAGGAAAUUAUCCUAAAUUUUUGAAGGAAAUUAUCCUAAAUUUUUGAAGCUGUAGGAAGACUUGCGAUGACAGUUUAGAUCUGACUGAUCUGUUCAAAACCAAUGCAGUAGAAUCUUCAGGCACAAUGUAUUUGUAGGCCCAUUAGUAUUGAGGUAUAUGUAACCCCAGGUUCCUAUUUUGAGGCCUUCAUUUAGUAAAGAAGGGUCCAGAUGUAGUAAAUGUAGGCCUUUAUGUAGUGAAUGAGGCCAGUGUAUAGUCAAUAUAGGCCCAUAUGUAAUCAAUGACCAAAUGUAAUAAAUGAGGCCCACAUAUAGUAUAGAUAGACCUACAUUUACUCUGAUGUUUGAGUUUGGUAAGGAGGACCAAUAUGUCUCCAGUAGUAUCAGGAUCCAAUAUGGAUAAAGAAUAAUAUAACAUGAACAAGUUACAAAGUAAUACCCUAUACUAGUUAUUCACCACAAAUCAAAUAUGUUUAAAGUGGCAAUAUAGGAAUUUUCAUAAACAUGUUAUUGAAUCCUUCCUUAAAAUGGAAGAAAGCAUGGAAUUUUAUUAAGAAAACCUUAAGAAAUGGUUAAUAUGAAACAAAGAUUUUGAUAAAGAUGGGUUUGACAGUUUAAACAUUCUCAUAUGGCCACUUAUGAAUUAUAUUUCCAGUCAAGGACAGUUUGCAAUGGAUGUCAAGGUUUUAAAAUACAUGCCAUAAUGCUAGUAAAUUCAGGGUCAUUGUAUUCAUUGAUGCAAUGUAUAGCAUUGUAUUCUUAAAGCAAGGCAGAGAACAUGUAAAUAUAUAAAGUACGAGUAGUAAUGUAGCAGACCGUUUAAACAAAACAAUGUUAAUGUUCAUAUUGCAAGGAUAAACAAAGUGGAGUAUGACUUUGUUUAGAAUAUAAGCCAUGGCAAACACAGACUUAUCAGAUGUAAAGCCCUUUUUAGAUAUUAUUUUUUAUAAAAUUGCAUUAUUAUUUUCAUAGAAAUCUCAGAUUUGACUUCUUUUUUGAAACAAUCAAAAUAUGUGCUCAAUUUUUCAUUCAUCUUUGAUCAUGUUGUCAAACGAAUUUUUAGGAUGAUUUCAACAGAGAGAAAAAUAUGAAUUUUUAACAUGACAUAUGUUCUAUUGAAGUGUUUCACAAUACGUACAUGAUUGA